ACUCGUGUCUGCCUAACUUUAACAUAUGAUCAUAAAUAUUUAAGAGAGGCCCAACUGCAACGCACCCAUUGCAAGACAGGGAAUAGAGGAAUGGACUGUGGUUGAAGCAUGGCUGACACAGACAGACUCACGGAGGACAUCAUCGACCAAAUAAGAUACUUCAAUCAAGCAAUACCUCACUUCACGAAGUACGAUCUUUCACUUGAAGGCGUCACUGAUAUAUUCACAGCCAAACUACGCUUGAGGCAAUUUGUUCAGCAAGCAGAUGGUACCGAAAGCUCAAUACGAGACGCCACUGCACUUAUGCUGAAGCUAAAGGAGGAACAUGAUAAAUGUACAGAGCAACUUCAAGGCCUCUUUCAAAGUACAACAUUGCUCUUGCCAGAUGUGGACGAUGGUAUCUCUGGCCAGCUAGGCAAUGGACAACUGACUGCAGAGUUCUCACAAAGGCUUAAACAAAGUGUCCCUAAGCUGAUAUCGCCGAAAUGCCCCAUACUGGUAGCUGGAGAGACGUCGUCAGGAAAAAGCAGUCUACUAAACCUGAUUCUUGGCGAAGAGAUGCUGCCAACAUCUACCCUCAGUACCACGUCCAUCAUCUGUGAGCUGCGGCACGGAGAGCAGAGGAAAGCAAAGGUCUUCACGUGGGAUGACCAGGAGAUAGAUGUCCCCCUGGAGGACAGCAGCUCAGAUAAAAAAUCUCUGGAAAAGAUCUCAGCCUACAUCCACCAAAAGGAAAAUCGAGAUCAAGAGAUUUUUCCUUACAAGCGAGUGGAAAUCUACCUUCCGCUGGAAUUUUUAAAGGGAGGAAUCACUAUCGUUGACAGCCCAGGAGUGGGGGAAAGUGAAAAGAUGGAUGAAGUCGUGUUUGACUACAUGCAGGAAGCCUUCGCGUUCAUCUACGUCAUCAACAGCGCCAAUGCUGGGGGCAUUCAGAAAGACAGACUUGGAAGGUUGAUAAAUGCUGUCAGCACUAAGGGAAGAGAGCAACUUGAAGAUGGGCAGCUCAAGAGUAACUCAAGGAAGGAUGCUACUACUGCUACUUUUUCUUCUCGAUCAGCCAUUUUUGUUUGCAACAAAUGGGACCAAGUACCUGUCCAUGAAGCGCAGAUAGUCCAAGAUGAGCAGCUGCGUGUACUGAGACGCUACUGGCCAGGGUGCACAGAAGACCAGGUCUUCCAACUUUGCACAUCUGACGCAACAAAGGCCCUGCAGCAUGGCGUAGUGAUGAAGGACUAUAGACAUUUGUUGGACGGCAUAGAGCGGCUCAUUCCUAUCUCACUACGGAACAAGCUGAAAGUUUAUCACAGCUUGUUGGAGCAGGUCUUGUGCAGAAUCAAGUUCAUGCUAAACGCUACCAUGGCAAAUGCAGACACAGAAACAAAGGAGAGACAGGAACGCCUGCAUAAGGCCCAAAACGAUCUAGACAUAUUGAAAAGAAAUUCGUUCAAGAGGAUCAAAGAGAUGAAAGACACCUUGAAUGGACACAUGAAACAUUGUGUAGACAGACUCAGCAAUCUCCUAGAAACCGAUUCCCGUGUUCAGCAACUGGUCACGCCAUCAUCAAACUUCAUUGAGGAAUCAGAUGUUCACAUUGCAGAAAAAGAGUUUAAGUCUAUGGUGUGCUUCCGCCUGCAAAACUUCAUCAUGGAUUGGGAAGAACAAGAAGGACACUUCAAGAAAGUCAAGACGAACACAGAAGAAAUGUUUCGAAAGGAACUGUCUAAAAUUGAAAGGGAAAUGUCGGCCAUGGAGCAGAAUCUCACAGGGCAAACGGGCACAGAUGACACAGAGCAAGUGAACCUGACAGAGAUUGAGGGCAUCAGCUCAGGCACAAGUAGAUAUGAAGAAUCAGUCAUUGACCUGAAAAUCUUAGAUAAACUGCAAAUUGGAGUUCCAUCUCCCCUGUCAAUACCACUAGACAUCAUUGAGUCUCUUCUCUCAUCCCCGGCAAUGUUUUCAUUCAGCCCAAAGGGUAUCUUUAAGAUGUUGUUUGAGAUAAAAUCCAAACAAGAGUUCAAUGAAAAUAAACUGGAGUACAUGAGGAAGCAAGGUCUGAGAGUGCUGGAGAAAUUCAAGGAAAGAGAGACCCUGCGAGUUUUCGUUGAGAACCAGUUGAGGCCAUCCUACAUCUUCCUGGACAGGUGUGAGGAGAGCAUCGGCGAGGCUAUUGAAUCCAAUGAAAAACUCAUUGAACACUUGAAAGGAGAAGGACGACCCAUAGAAAAGGUCAAGCAGGGUGUGGGACGUCUUCAGGAGGAAGUUGAGAACAUUCAAGACAAACUGACCAUUUUUGGCAUACAGCAUGUCAAGGCAUUUGACUUUGAAAAAGAGCAGGUGACUGUAGAAGAAACUAUCGCUAGCGGAACGUUUGCCAACAUUGCAAGAGGAAAACUGCAAGAAAAGAAGAAAGCAACAUCUUGUGAGGUAUUGGUUAAAGUCUUCAAGGAAAGAUCAGAUGCAACCAUACUGCGCAUAGUUUCAGAAGAAAAAUGCCUGAGGACAUUGUGGAAUCUUAAUGAUGGCAGUGCCAAGCCACUCCACAUCAUCUUGCUGUUAGGUGCUUCCAGAGGUCCCAUAGGCAUCCCCAUGUUGAUUCUAGAGCCCGCACGGAGGUCGCUGAGGUCCUUUCUAGGCAGAGGGGAGAUAACUUCAACUAGUCAAAACAAGAAAGUAGCCAUGUCAUGUGUUGGAAAGGGUCUGGAGUACCUUCACAACAAGGGGAUGGUUCAUAUCGAGCUGUCCAUGGACACGGUUUUGGUUAAAACUGACGGAACACCCAAGCUGACAAGCCCGUGUGAACCACAGCGCAUUGAGCUACCAGAGACGGCAGACGCCCUGGCCUCGCCCUAUGUGUACCUGGCCCCUGAGGUGUUACGGGGAGGAGUAUACAAGAAGUCAGCAGACAUGUACAGUGUAGGUCUGAUGAUGUGGGAGAUGUGGAGUCUGAAAAAGAUCAGCGAAGUUGAUAAGAAAGGUGGUCUUAGUUUGCAACAACUGCUUACAAAAAAUAAGCCAGCUGAGGAUCCACCCACAAUCCAUUGGCAAUCAAUGAUGUCAAAGAAUCUCAGUGUUGACCCUUUCUGUCGUUGGAGUUGUUCUGAAUGGCUUGCUGAGUUGAAGGAUGAUAAAAGUCUUCGGAAGCAAACAAACUGUUAA